AUAUAUAAUCAAAUUAAUCUUAGGUAGACAAUGAUUGCUGUGUUUUAAUUAAACAUAAAUCGAGCAAAAAAAAAAAAAACAAAACACGAAAUCUCAUUUUCUCAAAAGUACAAUUUACGUAAAUAGAAAGGAACGUAACUAUAUAAAGGACCCCACCCUAUGUGGUAACGAAUCGAAGCGUGCAAUGCUAAAGGUUUGUUCUUAAUGAAAUAGGAUUGUAUACAAUGAUAUAUUAUUGUACAGUGUGAAUUAAUUACACGUGUAAUAAAAUACUUAUUAUAUCGAAGUUUAUAGAACAAACAGUUUUAUUUUGUACAACUCGGAUUUUAUACUUUAGAUUAAAAUUUGUGGUUAAUUUCCUGAAGCAUAAUUUUGAUGUCAUAUCUGCUUUAUGUACAUUUUGUCAUGUGUUGUGUCAACAAUAAGGACGCUGAUUUCUACGAUUGUUAAAUAACAAUUUAUGAUGUUACAUACGUAAAUGGAAAUUGAUUAAAGAUUACAAUCAAUUAUAUUAAAAUAAUGAUGUAUUAUGUACCAAAGAUUUUAAUAUAUAUUCUCAUUGUGUCAAGUAAUACAUUUGCACAAAACAUCUUAUAUGGGGAACAAUAUCACCAAUGUCCACAACAUUGGAUAAAAUUUCAAGAAUCAUGUUAUCGUUUUAUAAAGAGUCCUAUCAGAAACAGACAAGAAGCAAGAAGAAAUUGUGAAGCUUAUCAAAGUGAUCUUGUUACAAUUAAUUCCUUAGAAGAACAUGGAUUUAUAUUAUAUCAGUUAUUAUGGCAAGAUCCACAACAUCGCAAAUGGUAUACUGGUAUAAAAUACCAAAAUGGGAAUUGGCUAAAUGAAGCUGAUAGUACUCAAUUAUUAAAUAUGGAUAAUGCAUUUCUACCUGAACCAAUUGAUAAUACAUUUGGUGGAGAUUAUUUAGUGUAUUCUUACCAUAAUAAUUUACAAAGAUGGGGACUGGAAAAAGUAACUGGCAAAGAUAAGUUGUUAUAUAUUUGUGAAGCACCAAUUUCUAACUUACAUAACUUAGUGGAUGAUGAUCGUACUUAUCAGUAUGGUAUUGAAAUUGAUAAUCCCCAUGAAAUUCCUAGAGGACCAUACUUCAUUAAACAACCUACUGAUAAAGUAUUUGACUUGUCAAAAAGAAAAAUAAACAAUGAUGUUACACUAAGUUGUUUAGCAGGUGGUUUUCCUGCACCAACAUAUGAGUGGUUCAAAGAAGAUUAUGAAAAUGAUAGACUGAUUGCAACAAAAAUAGAUCCUUUAAAUAAUGUUAGAUAUACAGUCAGUGGUGGUACUUUAAUUAUUUAUGAACCUGAUCAGGCAGAAGACAGAGGUUCAUACCAUUGCAAAGCAACAAAUAAAUUUGGUACAAUUAUAUCUGAAAGUGUGGAACUGUCAUUUGGAUAUAUUUUAGAAUUUAAUUUAAAACGCUCAGAAGAACGUGGGGAACAAAAUUGGGGUAAAGCUGUAUAUUGCGAUCCACCACAGCAUUUUCCAGGAGUCAAAUAUUAUUGGGCACGUGAUUAUUUCCCCAAUUUCGUAGAAGAAGAUAAACGUGUUUUUGUCUCUCAUGAUGGAGCACUUUAUUUUUCUGCAUUGGAAAUGAUCGAUCGUGGCAAUUAUUCUUGUAAUGUUCAGAGUGUUGCUUCUGAUACUGGUCGUAAUGGACCAUUUUUCCCCUUGAGGGUUGAUCCACAUUCUUCUUUUCAGCAAUUAAAGUUUCCCAAUAACUUCCCAAAGGCAUUUCCAGAAGCUCCAAUUGCAGGAGAGGAAGUUAGACUAGAAUGCAUUGCAUUUGGAUACCCAAUUCCAUCAUACAAUUGGACAAGAAGAGGUGCAUCACUGCCACGUGGGUCAUACACAACUAGUUUUAAUCGCGUAUUAAUAAUUCCAAAAGUACAUGUUGAUGAUCAAGGAGAGUACAUUUGUAGAGUACAUAAUGACAGAUCGGCAAUUGAAAAUUCUGUAAGGCUAACUAUUCAAGCAGCUCCGAACUUCACAAUUCCAUUAACAGAUAAACAUAUGGAUAAUAGAGGAGAGUUAACUUGGACUUGUGAGGCAUUUGGAAUACCAGAUGUUUCUUAUAAUUGGUUUAGAAAUGGUGAAAUACUGAACAUGGAAACGCUUCCUCCAGAAGAUAGAGAUCGGUAUUCUAUACAAGAUAAUGUUUUAAGUAUAAAAUAUCUGGAUCCAGAACGAGACCAAGCUAUGUAUCAGUGUCGUGCGAGAAAUCAAUUAAAAACAAAAUAUUCAUCCGCACAACUCCGAAUUUUAUCAUUGAAACCAUCUUUUAAAAAACGACCUAUGGAACCUGAAACUUACGCAGCAGAGAGAGGUAAUGUCACAAUAUACUGCAAUCCUGAAGCUGCACCUAGACCAAAAUUCGUGUGGAAGAAAGAUGGAAAUGUGAUUGGUUCUGGUGGUAGGCGUCGAAUUUUAGAAACUGGUAACUUAAUAAUUUCUCCAGUAUCAAGGGAUGAUGAAGGUACUUACAUUUGUACUGCAACAAAUCAAUAUGGAAGUGAUGAAACGCGUGGACGGUUAAUAGUAUUACGUGGCCCACAAUUCAUGGAAAAAUUACCACAAUACAUUACUACCGCAGUGAUGCAAAAUCAAACACUGCGUUGUAUGGGGGAAGUAGAUGAAAUGCUAGAUGUAGCUUAUAUUUGGAAACAUAAUGGUUUACGUAUUAGAGACGAAGAUUUAAUGAACAAUCCUAGAUUACAUAUUGACGGAGAAGAACUCAACAUAAUAAAUGCUACAUUUGCGGAAGCAGGAGAAUAUGAAUGCAUAGUUAAAAGUGCAGUAGGUGAAAUUUCCAGUAAAACGACAGUUACAAUAGAAGGACCGCCGGGACCACCUGGUGGUGUACAAGUUGUAAAUAUUGUAAAAACUUCUACAACUUUACGCUGGACCGAUGGUGCUUUCAAUGGCAAACCUAUUACUAUGUAUAUUGUAAGCGCAAGAACAAAUUGGAAUCAUACAUGGUUUAAUAUCAUAGAAAAUAUAACUGCUGUUGAAGUAGAUAGAUACAAUGGUAGAAAAGAAGCUUAUUUGGAAAAUGUUUUAAAUCCUUAUACUACAUAUGAGUUUCGUGUAUGUGCUUUUAAUGACUUAGGAUACAGUUUACCAUCAUCGCCUUCUCCACAGUAUAGCACACCAUCAGAUAAACCAACGAAAGUUCCAUCUAAUAUAGGUGGAGGAGGAGGAAAAAUUGGAGAUCUUACAAUAACAUGGGAUCCUUUACCGCCAUCUGAACAAAAUGGUCCAGGAAUCUACUAUAAAGUUUUUUGGCGUCAAAAGCAUCACGAAACCGAGUUUCAGUCAUUAUCUUUAAAAGACUAUGGCAAUGUUGGAAGAAGUGUUGUUCAGAUACAACAGCAAUAUUAUUAUACAGAAUAUGAAGUUAAAGUUCAAGCCAUUAAUGCAUUAGGCUUCGGACCAAUUUCUAACGCAGUUACGAUAUUCAGUGCUGAAGAUAUGCCCCAAGUAGCUCCACAGCAAGUUGUUGCACACAGCUACAAUAGUACUAGCUUGAAAGUUAGUUGGUCGCCAAUUGAACAAACACGUGAAAAGAUACGAGGCAAAUUGAUAGGCCAUAGAAUAAAAUAUUGGAAAGAAAGUAAUAAAGAGGAAGAUGCAGUUUAUUAUUUAUCUCGAACUGCGAGACCUUGGGCUCUUGUAGUUGGUUUGCAACCAGAUACUUAUUACUACGUUAAAGUAAUGGCUUAUAAUACUGCUGGAGAGGGACCUGAGAGUGAACGAUAUUUAGAGAGAACUUAUCGUAAAGCACCGCAAAAACCACCAUCUUCUGUUAACGUGUAUGGAGUAAACCCUUCAACAGUUCGAGUUGUUUGGCGUUACGUGCAACCAAGUUUAGAGGAAGAACCACUAAUAGGUUAUAAAAUACGUGUUUGGGAAUUAGAUCAGGAUAUGAGUACCGCAAAUGAUACCAUUAUACCAGGUGGUUCGAAAUUAGAAGCUUACAUUACAAAUCUCAGUCCUGGAAAAGCAUACCAUUUACGUGUACUUGCAUUUAGCAAAGGAGGAGAUGGACGUAUGUCAAGUCCAACUCAUACAUUCCAAAUGGGUGAUGCAGCUGCUUUUAGAAGCAGUGCUGGUAAUAAAAUUCUGGAUGCUGCUUUAGGUAUAUUAUUGUUAUUAUUAUUGAGAAUUUAUGAAUAUAUAUAAUACGAGUAUACUUUUUAUAUAUCACAGAUCUACUAAAUCAUUAGUAACAAAUUGGAGAGAGCGUUGUGUAUGUGUGUGUGUGUGUAUGUGUGCUCGCACGCGUAAAUAUUUUUAUGAAAAAAAUAGAAACAGAACAGUAAACUAUUAAUUUGUCGAGCAAUAUUUGGUGCAAACGAUCAUACUUUAUUAAUCAAAUUUCUAGUGAGACCCAAUCAUCAAUUUUAGAUAAUACAAUAGAUGAUUGUCAUAAAUUGACAAUGAUAUGAUAAUGUUGACAUGAACAUGAAUGAAUGUGAAAUAUAUUUCAAAAUCUCAAUUUUUUAACUAAGACUUGUUUUUUUUAAAUAUUUACAAUUAAAUUGUAAUUUGUUUAAAAGUAUUAAAUGAAACAAGAUAAAUGAAUUAUUUUCUCACAGUAAAGAUUUUAUCACUAAAAAUAAUUUAAUAUAUAUAGUAUAUAGUCUAUAAUACAGACAUAAAUUUUUUUUGAAUUAUUGAGAUAUGAUGAACAAAUGAUUUUUUUUAAUUAAGAACUUUUUUGUACAAAAGAUCAUAUCUAUCCGUCCAUAAAUGAAUAUCCAAAUGAUAACGUGUAAAUAAUAAUUAUCAUAUUAAUAUUUUUUAAUGUUAUACUCUUGUAUAGACAAUAACAAAAAACUUCAUUAAGAAGAAUCUCAUAAAAUGAUAUAAAACAAUGCAUACGAGAAUUUUGUCAACAUGUUGCGCAUAAACAUCUGUUACUCAAUUAUGUAAAAAAUUUAUUAUUUGUAUAAUUGCAUUUAACUUAAAACACUUAAAUUAUACAAAAUAAUAAAUUUUAGUAGCUGUCAUUGCAUUGAUGUAAGGAUGUUUAAUUUGUGAGUAUAGAGUAUAUAGCUUUUUAUACUAAUACAUUAAUAAUAAAUAAAAUCUUAUAUAUGUUUUUUACAAGAAAAA